AUGCGAUGGGAUAUGGAUCAAAGUCAUGAAAAUUUAGGAAAUAAUGCUUCAUUAUUUCCUGCAAUUAAUCAGGAAAAUUAUAUUUCUGAUGAAUUGCAUCUAUUUUUACGUAUUGUUGAUAUCUUGAUGAAAUGUUUUUUUAAUGAUUUAAUUAAAAAAAAAGAAUUUGAAAAAAAAAUUAAAUUGGAGAUUGAACAAGAAAUGAAAAAUAUUAAUGUACAUUUUGAGUUCUUUAAAUCUAGAUCUACUGGUGAAAAAUGGAACUGGACUUUUUUGAUGGGUUCUGAUAAGAAGAAAGUAUUAGAACAUUUUUCAGUUUCUCAAUUUAUUUCUGGUAUUCGUGGACAAGAUAUUGAAAAAUUAUGGAGAGAGUUUUUUCAGCUUUAUAAAAUUAUACAAAAACUACUUCUUUCAGAUCAAGAAAUUGAUACAUUUUAA